GUCGGUGCCUCGAUUGUGACAUAGUCCACCUCGCUGUGUCCUGUUAUCCUUAUUUACCUGAAACCGAGUUAUUUGUGGUGCAUAACAACCGCCAGCCUUCACAACGGAAACCGAGCCUAGCUUGGAGGCACCUCACAGUUCAGUAGCUGAAUCCGUUCCCGUCGCCAGCGAGCAACCCGAGCAGGAGCCGGCGGAAGGCGUGUUGCCGGACAGCCCGCCGCUGCGAGGAGCGCACGCAGAGACCGCAGGCGCAGUAGGCGCGGAAACCUUACCCGCAGUAGUCGCGGAAGCCUUACCCGCAGUAGGCGCGGAAACCUUAUCCGCAGUAGGUGUGGAAAUUGCGGAAGACCUGUUAAACACGGCAGCGGCAGACAGCGCUUUCGGGAGGACUGCCUUUCAGGCCAGCCGAGCCUUGAUACGAGGUGCCGCUGCUGAAGCGGCCGCCGGAGGGAGUGGUUCAGGCGGUGGGAAGAAGUCUCUGCAGUCGCAGGAGCAGUGGCGGCAGGAGCAGCGGCAGGAGGGUCCAUGACGGAUGGCCGUUCAGAUGACACAGACUUGCCCUCAUCGGAAGGAGAACCAGCAGCGGCCGGGUUGGCUGCUCCUGCUGCUCUCGCUUCAACUGCUGCUGCCACUGCUUCACCGGAAGGAGGGGUCGCUCUAAGCAGUGUAGAGGGAACUGGAGGAGGGAGAGGGCGUGAGGGAGGGGACGGACGAACAGACAGUAUGUCCGAAGCUGGAAAGGAGGCUCGGGCCGUGAGAGCCGCCGAUGCGGCGAUCAACGGUGAGGAUCAGCCGCCGUUCCUCCCGGGCCUCCCGGACGACCUGGCUUGGGCCAUUCUUCUGCGCGUGCCUCGGAGCUGCCUGCUGCUCCUCAGGGCCGUCUGCCGGCGCUGGCAUGACAGCCUCGGGUCGAGCCUCUACUUCCAGGCUCGGAAGAGGCUCGGGCUUGCCGAACCUUGGCUCUAUGCAUCCAUCAGUGAUUGGCAGGGCCACAACGCAUGCAUGGCGUUCGACCCCAGCAGCAGCGCGUGGCACACCCUGCCGCCCAUCCCUGGCGCGCAGCAUCGGUCCGUGCUCACGCUGCAGUUUGCCGCGGUGAAGGGGCGGCUGCUGGUGGCGGGCGUGGUGGAGCGGGAGGACCCGCUGGACUCUGCGUCGGGCGUGUUCAUCUAUGACCCAUCGCGAAACGAGUGGAAGCGAGCAGCCGCCAUCGGCACGGGGAGGUGGUUCUGCAUGUUUGGCGUGGUGCGGGACCGGCUGUACGUGGCGGGGGGUAUCGGCACGUCUAACAGCCUGGCGCUGGUGGGAUCGGUGGAGGCGUAUGACAUGGACAGGGACGCGUGGGAGCAGGUCACCACAUCAUCCCGUGCGGAGCUCAUGACGUUACCCGGUUACCAGACGGUGCUGAGCGGGUGCCUGGUGGCAAAGAACAUCGGGUGGGGGCAGCGCCUGGGCAUUGCAUUCAACCCGCUUACCAACACGCUCAGGGAGCUGCCCCCAGCCAUGGUGCAGGGCUGGCAGGGCCCCACGACGUCAGUGCAGGGCCACAUGUUCAUAGUGGACUUUGGCGACGACUACAAGCUCAAGACGUGGGACGCGCACACGCAGGCCUGGGCGUGGGUCGGCCAGGUCCGGCUGCCGGCGGUGUCGCACAAGCCGUGGGCGGCGCAGCUUGUCUGCUUCCUGGACUACAUCUGUCUCGUUCUGCCGGACAGGUCGCUCGUUAUGGCCCCUCUGCCGCCCCUGCUGCGAUCAUUGGAGAGACAGAGGAGGAGGAGGGAGAGGGAGGGGAGGGCGAGAGGGAGGGGGAGUGGGAGAUGGAGGCAUGAGGAGGAGAGAUGUGGGAGGAGCGAUGGGGAGGAGGACGAGGAAGAUGAGGAGGGGGGUGAGGAUGAGGUGGUACUGGUGAAAGUGAUACCUGGGCCAGGGGCAGGGGAGAAGGGGUCAGAGCUGGUGCUCACAAAUGCCGUGCUGGGCUGCCAGGUGCUCGCCACGUGAAUGCAACAGAGUUGGCUGGUGUGCCUUGUUGGGCCAUGUUGGUUGAGACAUUGAUUCAGCACACGUGUGUUUGAGGUAGUUGUCUGCAGUAGAGGCAGCAUUGUGUCAGAAACCCAGCCACUAACCACUGGGUUAAAAGGGCUUGUUGAAUAGCGGGUAAGUGCGCCCAUAGCCCCCCAGGCUCUGCACCUGUGGCCCUUCCCCGAGGAUCUCAAGGGCAACCCCAGCGGGUCACUCAACACCCCCCCCCCCGCUGGGAUAGGUGGAAGACACGAGCGCCUCUGCAGCGCUGGCACUGGGAGUUGAACCCAAGACCUUUGGCUCUGAUGUACCAUGUCAGAAACCCAGCCACUAACCACUGGGUUAAAAGGGCUUGUUGAAUAGCGGGUAAGUGCGCCCAUAGCCCCCCAGGCUCUGCACCUGUGGCCCUUCCCCGAGGAUCUCAAGGGCAACCCCAGCGGGUCACUCAACACAUUGACCAGGAGAGUGUUGCUGUUGGGAGUGAAAAAGAGACUGGUCAUGCAGUGAAGUGAAGAACCUUUUUUCUGAAGAGCUGUGUUGUAUUGAGUAGAUGGCAGUGCAGUGCAAGUGCAACCGUUCACUGGAC